AGAUCUUGUAUGUGCUGACAGUGCAUAUACAGUGGGUGUGGUCAUUAAAUGGCUUACAGACUGCAAGUGGUUUCUGGUCAUUUGCAAACUGGUGCUGUCUCAAUCAAUUCCAAGGUUGAAUCCUGCACUCGCAGCAGUAUGUCUCGACCCCCUAUCACCACACAUGUGCUAGACACUGCUCUGGGCAGACCUGCGUCUGGACUUCCUAUACAGCUCUGUCAAGUUGGUGAAGACAACACCACCUGGCAUAUCAUCGGAUCAGGGGUAACCAACUCGGAUGGGAGGUGUGGCCCACUGAUCACCAUGGAGCAACUCAAACCUGGAACGUAUCGUAUGCAUUUUGACACUGCCACAUACUUUGCAUCACAAAAUAACAACCAACCCUUCUAUCCGUAUGCUGAGGUUGUCUUCAUCAUCUAUGAUACAACACAGCACUAUCACAUUCCAUUGCUGUUGAGUCCUUAUGCGUACUCUACAUACAGAGGAAGCUAGCAUAGUUAUAUCUAUAUAAGAAUUACUGAGGAAUGUAUGAACAUUUUACAUUAAAGAAACUGUAUUUCACUCGAUCACAAAAUUAACAAUUAGUAUGUAGUUCCUUUUCUAAUGGCAUCUGCUACUUCUGAUUUUACUGAGUCGUCAGCAUAUCUCUGAUAGGAUUCGA